AUGUCUUCCGAGCUCAAGAACGUCUCCCACACUUCGGACUUUGAAAUCGAUAUCGAUGUCGAGGAGGUCCACGUCUCGGCCCAAGCUCGCGUUCUGAAGGCUGUUGAUGCAGCGAGGGUUAGCUUGAUCGCUCUGGCUCUCGUUGCGAGCAUAACGGUCCUCGGCGUCUCGGCAGACGCCCUGGCAGUCUACGAUGCCACUCACGUUCCUGCCCACUACUUGUUACCGCUGUGGCCAGAUGCCUUCGACCUGCGACCAACAGUAGCACUGGUUGUGGGGAGCUCAAUCCUCAUCAUGGCCAACACAGUCUCUUUGGUAUUCAGCCGGGUUCAGUCUCUGCGCGGACAAACUCUCAUUCACAAUUCGCUGGCUGUGGCGACUCCGGUAGUAGGAUUGAUAGUGUCCAUCAUUGCAGUGUCCUUCUUCUACAGCAUCAACGCGUCGAUCACGGUCGACACCCUUCAGAGCUGGAGCUGCCGCUGGUCAGAGGUCGCGAUGCUGACGCGGCCACAUUUCGGCACUCUUUGCAAGCAAAGCAAAGUAGGCCUUUACCUGUCCGUUCUGAUCAUCCCGAUCGAAGUCAUCAUCCUGGGAGCUGGUGCGUAUCAGAUGAUCCUUGAGAGGAGCGUCAAGAGGACCAGCAGGGUAGCCCGGGAGCGACGCAAGCCUGGGAGCCCAGUACCGUCGUCAGUUCGUGACAUCGAAGGAGAACAGCAUUGA